GCAUGCUAGCGUGCAGAGAGGCUGCGUAACCGAGCUAAAGCUACAACUGACUCACACGUACAGGAUCGAUCCAGCCUUUACACGCACUGUCGCCCCUUCACACGUUUCAGCCGAACGAUUGGUGGCCAGAGCCGGCCACAGUGACAAGCUAUUCCCUGCUAGCAAACAGACCGAGUGCUCCUACAGUUGGUUAAGGCACUUGUUAUCAGCUAGCUGACACAACCGGCUAAUAACUCGGUGCUCCGCAGGCUGCAUCGUGUCGCUGAGCUAGCUUACUCUGUACUCUGUCCACCAGUCAAAGUCGCUAUCCGAUUUAGCUACUAGAUCUAUCCUCGUGAUUAAUAGGCUUGCAUGGCCAAUGACAAACAGUUGUCCCGCAGCUAACGUUGUAAUGCUAUAGAUUUUAAUUUGCUAACACAGACGUCGUGGGCUUUUCUUUGGGAUGAGAGUAACAAACUUGCCUGUUGGUUUGCACUGUAAAUAUCCUUGGCUUAAGUCAGAACCACUUUACUAGCCUAGCAUAAGAGCCUUAAUCGGUAUUGUUUUGUGCUGUUGUGUUUUGAGGAUCAUGAGUUUGUAGUAAUGUGGUAAAGUUUCUGGUUGAGCACUGUUUCUUUUCUUUUUUUUGAAGUUUGCAAUGAUUUGACGGUUGACAGCACUGCUCUUGUCCGUCUCUGAGGAGGGGAGAGCCUCUCUUUCACUAGGGACCGCUGCCACAGGAUGAGGUUCAGCCCGUGGCCCCUGGCCCGGUGAAGUAGCUUGUCUUGUGGCAUGUGGAAUUAGGCUAACAGUGUAGCACCGUGUUCGCCACAAGGAGGAAGGCCCUGAAAGCCACAUCUGACGUCCAGAUUCACACCGAGACGCAUGGUUUGAAGUUGAUGCUGUUUUUGUGUUGAUAUCCACUUUGUCAGCAUUGAAUACAGUUUGAUUCCAGGGAUUCCUUACAUGGACUGGAGCAGGUUAAUCAUUAGAUGUCUGUCGAUUCAGUGGCAUAAAGAUGACGGUGGCAUAGUGAGCAAGCGGGUCAGUCUGGCUGGUUGAGGUGUGGAGGGGACACCACAAAACCACGCCAGGUUUCUGACUAAUAAAAUUUCCACUGCCCUCAAUAAACCUCUGCAUCAUCCAUGUCUAUCCCUGGAUAAAAGCUACAACUAUGGUGACACUUAUCACAGAGCAGCUCCGUAAGCAGAGUCUGGAAGAGCCUUAUCAAAAGGCUUUCUCAUUCAAUGUGAAUGUGUCAUUACCUGCAGUGGGCUCCAGUCCCACUGUCUCGUGGAGUGCUGGUCGAUCAAGACAAGAAACCCGCUCAGCUACACACCCAUCAUCCAAAGCCAACUUUCUAGAUGAAUCCUGUCGACUUGACUCCAUAUGGCUUCCUUCAAACGCGGGAGAACAUCACCAGAGAAUGGAGGUUUCUUCCUUUACAGAAAAGGCUUUACAAAACUCCCCACCGCCACCACCCCCAAAACGCCACUGUCGGUCCCUCUCUGUUCCAGAGGACCUGUUUCGGUGCCGCUCCACCUGGCAUCCUAGUGCAUCCAAGGUUUGGACCCCAGUCAAACGUGGCUGCCCAAGUGGAGGAGCAUCUAGUUCUGGCUCUGGAGCCAGCUCUUUGCUACUUUGUGGUCCCAGUUCCUCUUCCUCUGUACACUCAUCUUCUAGCCCUACCUUCUUUAGCUUAGCACUCUCCUCUGACUCCCCACUACCAUGGAGCUUCCCAUGGGACCCCUGUGACACACUGAAAGGAGCCUGCUCUGCCUCCUUUGCUACUCCAUCCUCCUGCUCCUCUUCACCGGCCCCCCUGAUUUCUCACUUAAUGCUGCAGCGCCGCUUCUCCCUCUCCCCUGUGCACAUUCAGGACACCUCUGUUGUACUCCUGCCGCCCGAGCCCUCCCCUGCUUCUGCUCUAACAUAUGGCUGUUCUGGCAUGGAGCACCAAGCCCUGUCUCCAUCUCCCACUUCAGCCUGCAGUACACCAUCCUCCUGUAGGCGUGACCUGCAUCCAGCGCUGCCACGAUGCCACUCUCAGCCCUGUGACAUGCGCAAACCCCGCUUAAAGAGGCGCCAUGACGCAGAUGUUCUCCCCUGCCCCAGGCCAGGCCUUAACUUCAGCAAGAUGACACAGAUUGGUAAUCGUGAGAGCCUUGCAUGUGCUACAGAUGGCUGUCUAAUUCCAGUGUCUUCCCAGGCAGAGCAGUGCUCAGCCUUCUCCCCUGCAGAGUUCCUGGGACGAGGCAGCAUCGGGCCACUAAGUGAAAGUGAAGAAGAUGAGGAGGAGGAGGAGGAAGAAGAUAAAAGAAAAAGGACCUUAAUAGAUGGAGGACAAAAGAUUGUUUUUGAGAGGGACUGCACAGAACUGGAUUUGAACCUUAUAGAAGAAAACUGACCACUUGUUGGUUCUCCUAGUGUAAUUAGAGCCUCCAUAACCAUGUUAAGCACACCAGUAGGCUUUGCGUGCUUUUUGGGCAGAAUCCUUGGGAAAGUGCUGACCUCAUAAGGCUUUCAUCCAGAGUUUGAACCGAGCAAUUACCGUCAAUAUCAAAUUACAAUGUAAUGAUUGUAACACUUGGAACUAGUUCACUGUUAAACAUUUCACAAAAAUGCCAGUGCCUGCCUUUUCAACACUCCAUACGGAAAUGUGCAUGAACAAAUAAGUGAGUUUUCAUGCUUACAGACUUUUGGCUAAUAUUUCAUAUUGAUAAAAGUCUUGAAUUAGCCUUAACUGUUGGUAAGCAUCUUGAUAUCCCUGCAUAUCCUUAUCGAAUAACAUAUUGCGUUAAGCACAACAUUCUUCUCAUUUGCUCAUAAGUCACACACUAAAGACAGAUUGCUUGGGAUUGUUAUUGAGCAUUGGUCUGUCAUCAGAUGCUUAUUAUGUGUGUGGCUCUCUGAAUUUGGACAUAAAGUAAAGCAGAACCUAAUUAUACCCUGUGUAAUUAAAAAUAAUAUGCAAGUAGCCCAAAUAUAGGAAUUAUGUCCAUAUAUAAAUGCUCUCUGGUAGGUUGAACAGGAUAUAAUCCAAGAUCUUGCUGCAGUCCCUCAAAUCUCUCAUAGACCCUGGGAAAAAAAAUCUGCUUUUACUGCUGUUCUGUCAUUGAUUUGUCCUUUUGGAGCACCUCUACAUCAUGGAAGGGAAGGUUUUCUUCUGAUAGGAGAAAGGAUGCCUCCCCCUUUUUUGCGUUUGUUUGUUUGGACAUUAGCACAAUGUCAGCAGUCAUACUGAUGAUACUGUAAACUGAACAUUGCCUUAAGCUUUAAACACAGAGUUCUUGGGACUCUGGUCUUCUCUCUCACAGCCAGACAUUAUUGCAAACUCCAUUUGCGCUGAUUCAGAUAUUUUUGAACUGGUGGUACAUGCACUAUAAUCGCCAUUUGAAUAACUGGAUGGAUGCUGCAGCUGGACUUAAACAGGGCACAAUGAAAUGUACUGCACAGUGGUUAGAGUGAGUACACAAUGUCGAGCUAAUUCUGAGUGAAUGUGACAAAGGUGGGAGUGAUGCAAAUGACUUGGUGGCCUUUCAGAAACGACCUUUCUUGUGUUUUCAGAUGGUAAUAUUCCCGUUGCACAAUUUAUGUACAAAUAAACUUUAAUAGAGAAUGAUAUUUUUUUUUUUCCGAAAAA